GCUAGAGAGUAGCUGUACCGUGCCGUUCUGCUGUGCUGCCGUGCCGUGAGUGUGUGAAGUGUAGGAUACCGUGUCCGCUAACAGACUGUUGUGUGUCGUGCAAGGAUUUUACCAAAAUACAGGGACGCAGGCUUAGACAAUAUAAAUAUAACUUGUCAUACACCAAAACCGCUGCCAUAUUUGUACAUAAGACGUUCUAGCCACACAAACGAAGAUUCGCAAUGGGAACAUGGCGAUGAACUCAAGACAAACGAAACUGGCUGAUCGAGUGACUUCUAUAUCAAGAACAAGGACGAUUUCUUGAAGAAAGUUCUUAUUUUGCUUCAAAGAAACCGUCUAGUUAUUGCUGAACACUUAGAUAUAGAAGACUAUCCGAGUGUUGUCUGACAAGUUUGUUUCUACAAAAGUUGUUUGAAAGAAAUCAACUUAUGAUGGAGGACAAAUAGAUCUAGUGAGUUAUAUUAUUAUUAUGCUAGUGAUCAUUCACCACUAGUGAGACUAUAGUUUAAUUAUGGAUAUAUCCGAAGCCUUCCGGCCAGAGGAUAUAACAAAAACCGACUUCUUCGACUUCGUGGUGGCGCCAGACGUAGUUGACAACAGUUCUCUUCAGCAAUUCAACAGAUCCAUGAAGUCCGUUGGGAUAUUCUUGGAAUCCUACAAUAACAACAACAACGAAGAUCCCUCUUCGGAGAGGAAAGAGACUAACAACAACCAUCUAGUAUUAGGAUCCGCUCCUGCGGAUGGAGCGACCCAGUCACCGGGGUUCACGGUCACGGACCAACCUUUCUGGCCCCAAUCGGCCAACUGUGAUAAGGACUCUGUACGAUGGGAGCCUUCCAUGCUGGAGGAUCUCAACUGUUGGAGCCAGGGCCAAGGAGGAAACUCCUCGUCGACGAAGGUAGACGGGGAGAACACCGAUGGUGCCAUUUACACUUUGACAGUUCUGAACGGAGCUGAGCAGUCCUCCACUUGGUACCGAGCACCGGAGACUCCGGAGGAAGAAACGAACCGAAGCCAAUCGACCACAUCGACCAACCUGUCGUCCCACCAAAACUCUCUAGAUCUCGAUACAUUUUUAGAUAGCAUCCCCUCUUCUGUAGCAAAGAGCAUGGCAGAGACAACCUCGUAUCAGAACGGAUAUCCGAGGACGACAGCCGAGCUGACGACCACGGUGGCAACCACUGUCACUCCGCAGACUACCACCAUCAAGAGCGAGUUCGCCUACGACGACAGUGGCUACGCGGACAGAAAAGAGGGAAUUUGCGACCAUUUAGUUACUGAAAUAGUACUAAACAACCCACCUGGAGGCCAAUUCAAUAAUAACAACGACUGGAAGAUCUCUGACAACAACGAAAGGUCGACGUCAGGAGGAAUGGACUCUUUGUUGAGAAAUGCGCUUCAAGGAAAAGCAUUCCUCACGAGGUACAACGGCAGCCAUCCCGUAAAGACGGAAAAGUCUGAAGACAUAAGAAGGGUGUUGGUGAGUCCCCCUGCUGCAAAACCGUCGUCGGAAGCAUCGUUUUCGACUGAGAUGGAUGACGACAUUAAGACCAGAUCUCCACUGAUGGCGGUAUCACUUGAAGGCGGCACAGUAGUUAUGUUCGACGGCGGAGGUGGUACUGGAACUAUGCUUAUUGAUUCCGACAAUCCCAGCUCGGCGCAGAGCAUGGACGACAUAUUCCUGUCCCAGCUGGACGCCGUUUCGUAUCCCGAGGACUACGAAAAACUCAAGAGGAUCGAAAACGAAGUGGCGGAAUCAGUGGAGCAAUAUUGUAAUUUAGACCCUUCCGGACAAAGUAUUUACAUCCAACCCCACCUAGGAGACGGUAGACUCCCAUCUAUAGGCAACUUGGACCACACCAUCCUGAAUUCGAUUUCUACCACCUCAAAGUCCAACAAGAAGUACACAAAGAGGUCAUCGUCGAGUAGUAAAAGUCCCCACCAACUGCAGAGCCCCAGCAGUUCCUCUGGGAUCAGGAAGGAGCGGUCUUUGCACUACUGCAACAUCUGCAGCAAGGGUUUUAAGGACAAAUAUUCUGUGAAUGUUCACAUCAGGACACACACGGGCGAGAAACCCUUCGCCUGUUCGUUGUGCGGGAAAAGCUUCAGACAGAAAGCUCAUCUCGCCAAGCACUACCACACGCAUCUGGCGCAGGCGAAGAACGCGGCCAACGGAUCUGCGAACAAGCCUCCGCCGAACAAGUCCCGGUAGCUAGGAACGAGUCCGUGAAUUGAGUCGAUCAAUGAUUGAUGUACACGUAUUAGUAGAGGAUAAGAGGACAAAUUAAUAAGGAUAUUAGUACGAUAGCAUUAUAAAUUAAACCAUCUUGUACAAUUUGCAUAGAAAACCUUUGUUAAAAUAUGGAGAUUGUUCAAUUCUUUGCCACACUAUAACAGGAAUGUCAUUGAUGAAUCUUUAUCACACGGAUAUUUAUUAAAAGGAACUUUAAAACCUCGCAGGAAAGUUCAUGCAAUUUUCCAAAUGAAGAAAAUGCAAUUUUUUAGAACGUGUACAUCGAUCAACGACUCGCCUAUGUGCUGUGACUUCUGAACUGUGUCUUAUCCAGAGUGCUUGCCAUUUAAUGUUAUAUUUUAAUUGUAUUGCCAACAUAUUAUAGUGUUUAUAGCAAUAUCGUUUUAUUGUGAAGAUUAUUUAUGUCAUUGUUGAGUAUUUAUUUGUUCUUCAUCGCCUCAUUGUAACAAGUUUUCUGCCAAAUCGAUCGAACAAUAUCUGGUGCCAAAUAUAGUCCCAUGUGCCGGAUUCAAUUUUCUUUCAAUUUUCGUUCGCAUUCAAGCCACCAAUAAUUUAAUUUAAAGUUACCUACAUCUUCAAAAUAUUAAUAUUUAUCUCUUCGACCCCAUUGGCCAAUGCUAUACUUGGUUUUAGUUCCUGAAACUGUUGUAAAUAUUGUUAAAUUAUUUUUGUACUAAAUUUUUAUAUGACUUUAUCUCUAUGUAUAACUUUUAAAUGUGUAUUUUUCUAUCUCGAGGUACUUAAAUAGUCUAACCUAGUUUUAAAUCUUGGCUUUUCGAUAUUGUAAAAUGGUUGAAAAUACACCUUAGGUUAAAAUCAAUUGUAUUAGUGUAACACUCAAUGUAAAGACAAAUAUGUCUUGUUUGAUUGUUUUUCUUUACAAUUUAAAGUCUAUUAAAAAAUUAAAUGCAUUGCCACCUCCCAGGGACAAAGUUAUCAGUGUAAAAAAAAAUUGUAAACCCGAUAAAGCCUAAGUGGCAACAUAGACCAAAUGUUAAAGUAAAUUUAAAUAACUGUUGAAGAAUAUGAUUUAUAUGGAGUUAUUACCUACAGUAUGGUCCACGAGAGUCUGCAGUUGAGGGAGGAGCCUAUUUACCACGUGACCUCGAAGGAGCCAAUGAGAAUCGCGCGUUGUUGCCAAAUCUAAUAAUACCAGCUGAUUUGAAAAUAUUGUUUAGUAUAUUUUAAUUAGUGUCGUCAACAGGUGAUAUGGCAACGUCUCACUGGCCCUGUCUUGUGAUAGGUUGACCCCAACUGCAAACUCUCGUGGACCCUAUUAUAAUUACUACUGUCACUUUAUCAGUUGUUGUCCAAUUGAAUUAAAUGAUACCUCGGUAACAGUCAAACAUGUAAAUGGUCGGGUAAAAGAUUUGCUAGGCAAAGAAAUUAGCCUCUCAACUCAAUAGAUAGUCAUGAGGUUUUGUGUAUAGCAGGAGCAGAUUGUUAAAAGCUAUGCUAGAUUUUUAUUUGAAUAUUUUAAGAAAUUUCAAAUCCUGGCGUUGAUUAAGCCUUUGACUAUAGAUACAACUAAAUCUUCCAUCACCAUAUUACAGCUGUUGCUUGUUAGAAUAAAAACUAGCAAAGUUUAAAUGAACCACCUACAGAAUGCACUAUUGUAAAUUAAUUAUUUCUGUUGAAUACACAAAAUUUUAACCAAGCCAAACUAAAAGAGCAACUUACUAAGUAACAUUUUCUGUGAUUGAUUCAUUUGACCAUGUCAUUUUUUAAUUUUAAAAAACGUCUGCAGCUGGUCCAUAUAAAAUAUGGGAAGUCUACCUCCAAAAGGCUUGACGAUUUUGAACGAUUUUGACUAUAAUAUUUAAAGAAAUUCCAAUUUAUGGUUAAAAUUUAAUUAAUUAUAAAAUAGAAUCAAAUACACUGCAUAGCUGCAUAUCAUAGCCAACCUAUACCCAUACCACACUGAGCCUAGGUUCAGAACCCAGCUGUUAUUAUGCAACUGUCAGUCAAGAGCUGAUAAGUGUUGCCAACCUCGCCUAACAACAGGCUCGCGGCUUGUUUUUUAUGAUAGGUUGCCACACCUGAGACUGAGUACUUUGUAUAAAUCAAGUCAAACAAUGCGGCAAAGACGGCUAACCGUGG